AUGGGGCGGCCAAAAUACCGGGGGUCCCAGCGGCCAAGACGCCUCGUGGGGGGUGUGUGGGUCUCGAGCGGGCUGGGCAGCUCACCUCCCUUCGGCCUUCCCGCCUCUCUCCCCAGCGUGCCGGCGGCGCCUCGGCUUCGGGUCCCGGAGAGCGUGCUGAGCAUGUUCCGAGAGGAGGAGGAGGAGGAAGCGGUGGUGGACGACGCCAGCAAACACGGGGGCCGCCUGAGGACCUUCCCCCACGAGCGGGGCAACUGGGCCACCUACGUCUACGUGCCGUAUGAACCUCAGGAGGACUUUUGGGAUCUCCUGCAGCUCCUCCUCUUGCACGCUCGCGUUUAUGUGUCUUCGCUGACAACCAUGACAGAGUUCCACAUCAGCCUCUCUCAGAGUGUCGUCCUGCGCUAUCACUGGAUCAGUCCUUUUGUCUUGUCCCUCAAGGAACGUCUGGCAGCCUUCCAAAGAUUCAUCUGCAGAGCUGACCAAGUAAAAGUUUACACCAACCAGACCAAAACCAGGACCUUCAUUGGUUUGGCGGUCUCUUCUGGGCAUUCUAACCUUUUGGAGUUGGUCUCUGAAGUGGACCGAGUUAUGGAAGAAUUUAACCUGUCAACUUUUUACCAGAAUCCCUCAUUCCAUCUUAGUCUUGCAUGGUGUGUUGGAAACCUUUCUGAAGCACUAGGAGGCCAAUGUCUUCAGGAACUGCAGGGGAUUGUGGAUGGCUCUGAGGACUCUUCUUAUCUCCUGAGAAUUCCUGGGACUGAGGUCCGUUGCAAGUCUGGCAAGAAGCUCUUCUCUUUCCCUCUGCGGUAGCAGCGAGCCAACAGACGAUGGGCCUUGGUUGUUUUUUCUCUGUUGCGCAAGCUACAACCACGGAGCCACUGCUGGGUCUGUGUGAGGCUCCUACCAGCAUAAUCGGCUCAAGCGUCAUGCAGCCUCAGCCGCCUCCUCCCUUGCAGACACAGGCGGCGCUCUGUGGGCAUGUCAGAAGAGGCGCUGCAUUCAUGACUCCUGUUUCCACCAGUAGGAUUGGUGCCCGACCUGGGACUUGUGUACCAUGAGCAUUUGACUGAAAACGAUGUUCUGCUAGCGUGGAAGACAGCCAAGCUUCUUCGCACACGUUGGGGCUCCUGCUGUGGAGCAGCCUCACAUGGAGAAGCUCCCAGGAUAAACUCUGGACAGCCUGAAAGGUGGUCAGCAUCCACAAAGGUGAUGCUGCCCUCAAGAAGGGCCAGCGCUCCAAACUGGCAGUCUUUGGGGUAACAAGCCUGCUAGUUCUUGGGCUGAUUUGUUAACUGAAAAUGUAUAUAAUGAAGAAUAAAACUGGGUAUAUGUUCACAGAUUAAAAAGCUAAAGACGUAUGAAUUGGAGAUGAGGGGAGAGGAGAGUAGUGUUGAUUUUUU